AUGGCCCGAAUAGGCACACAAAGAGUAAAGACGGGUUGUACAACCUGCAAGAUCCGACGAAUCAAAUGCGACGAGGCGCGUCCAUCCUGCGCGAGAUGCAUCUCCACCGGCCGCAAAUGUGACGGUUACAUCUCCCCGCCGACGACGACGUACUCCUGGGCGCAACUCUUGAGAUCAUGCCCCGUGAACAACGCAACUUCGAUUCGGGCUUCACAGCCGACCAGAGCCAGCAUUGUCUACGCCGAGCGGACGAUGGACUUUUACCGCAAGGUUACGGCGCCGGCCUUUGCUGGGUCACUCAACUCAUACUUCUGGACUAAUGUCGUGAUCCAAAUGUCGGACCAAGAACCUGUGGCCAGCCAUGCUGUGCUGGCGCUCAGCUCCGUGUACGAGACAUUCAGCAACGGAUCAUGGGAAGCAAGCUCCUUUGCUGUGUGGCACUACAACGAGGCGAUCAAGCUCCUCCGCACAACGACAGACCGCGCGCUGAUUCUCUUCGUCUGUGUGCUUUUCAUCUGCAUAGAGCUGAUCCGUCGGAACCCAAAAGACGCCACUACUCACUGCCGGCACGGGAUCAACAUCCUGAAUGAGAUACAUAACGAGUCUGACUUUCUGCGGAACCACAUCACACCAGUCAUGCGGCAGCUUAGCAUCGCGCCAUACCGAUACGGUAUCAACCUGUUAGUAUCCCUAUUAUAG